AUGGGGGUUAAGAAUUCAAGGCCACGAAAAGGCAAGGAGGUGCGGCCACCACCGCGAGAGCAGCCCACCACCUCAAGUAAUGCAGGUGGUAGCAUGUUAUCAGCGCCGGUGUCAGCUGUCAGAGUCUCCAUUCCAUCACUGCAGCCUCCCCCACUGGUCAUAGACACCUACAGGCACAGCAAGGGGUCUAACAACGGUAGUGAAUUAAUUUGUGGAGGGGCGCGUGAGACUGAGUCACGUGAGAUUUGCAGCAAAGGUGCCUCAGACACUUCCUUUGCUGCCUCCGAGUAUCCGUGCAGCACGACCGACAAGUGGCAUCAAUGCCUCUCAUCUAAAAUGUCGUUCUGCCUAUCAUCCCCAAUUCCAAUCUACAACAAUGAGCUUUCGUUGGCGACGCAGUCCACACCAAUGUUGCGUUCGUACCGUAUGCACUCUUUUUCCAGUCAAGACAGCACCCAAGUAAGCUUCGCUUCCCCCAGCCUGUCACCAUCGCCCAUUUAUGCUCGUUUCUUGGAAAUUAAUGGAUACCCAACCGGGUUGGAGAACUACGGCAACACAUGCUACUGCAACGCUGUUCUACAGCUACUCUACCACUGCUCCCCGCUACGGCUGCGGCUGCUGGAGCUGAAUCAGAUAUAUGAGAAAGGACUGGGGCAUACUGGAUUUGAGGAUGGCACCCUGCUGGCGCUUGUGGCGGAUCUGUUUGCAAAGCUGCACAAGGCCAAUAAUCACAAGAAACAACAGAGGGAAGUUGUUGCACCCCGGGCACUUCUGACAUGUAUACGAAAACAAAAUGCGACGUUUAACAACAGCUUCCAGCAUGAUGCCCAUGAGUUUGCAAUGUUUUUGUUAUCUAGCAUGAUAGAAACAGAGACACGCAUGAUGGGAGAUGAGAAGAAUCGUGCCCUCUUUUUUGGUGCAAAAAUCAGCAAGCGGCCCAAGUGGAAGGCUAUGCUGCGUCGGAGCCGCAAGUUGGGUAGCUCCGUGGAAUCGCUGGGUCUAAUGGACCUUCGGGAGGAAUAUUUGGAGCUACCCCCUGCCCUUCGUGAGACAAGUCGAGCCCCGCGACCAGAGGCCUCGGCAAUGAAUGGUGAUGCAUUUGAAAUUCGUAGCGUAGCGGGUUCCACGGGGACAACAACAACGGGCGCAGAUGUCGAUCGGAGUACGGCGUCACCCUUGCAAGUGAUCUUCGGGGGCCAGUUUAUCUCACUGACAGCGUGUUUGGAGUGUGAGAAAGUGACAAUGAUGCGGGAGGCCUUUGUUGACCUCAGCCUUGACGUUGAGCAGGGCUCCUCGCUGCUGCGAUGCAUGGCGAACUUUGGCUCCCCAGAGUUAUUCCACGGGGACAACACGUUGUACUGUGAUCAUUGCCAGAAGCAAGUGGUCGCGCAGAAGCUGCUCCGCGUGCAUCGUCUGCCGGAGUACGCCCUACUAGUGCACCUGAAGCGGUUUGAGUAUAACGAGAAGCGGGGAAGUAUGAUGAAGCGUAGCGACCACAUUGCCCUCCCAAGCGAGAUUGACGUGGUGGAGUACGAGCCGUGGGAGGAUGACGACAACGCCAACACGCAGGCUGCCUCUGGGGGCGAGUCGCGCGCCGCACGCUCCUCGUGUUCCCCAUCCAUGGCCGUAGAUGCAGUUGCGGACGUUGAAGGUGACGCUGCAGGGGGCAUCCCGCGCCCCUCCUCACGUCUGAUGAAAAAGUUGAACGGUGUAGCACACCGUAAGGGGCGUUUCGCAUUGAGUGGCUUUGUCACACACGUGGGUAGCGGCCCCACACUUGGCCACUACUUCACCUGCGUGCGGAUGGGUGGGCGCUGGCUCCUCUUCAAUGACGACUCCGUGUCGGAGAUGACGGAAUAUGAGAUGCAGCACUUCUGGGGGGUGCCCAUUCCUGUCAGCGAAGUGGUGACGGCAACGGCGUACAUCCUUCUCUACGAGCGAGUCGCGUGA